AUGGCGAACAACAGUGCCAAUACCAAAAAGCGUGGUCCCCAGCAGACCUUGGAGCAAUGCGGGAAGAGACGUCGUUCUGAGCCGGCAAAGUUGUCAGGUAACAAAGACACCGGUGGAGCUACCAAUCCAGAGCCCAACCAAGCUACCGAUCCAGUAUCAUCUUUAUCACAAACAGACGGUGAUGAAAUGGCAAAAAGCAGUACCAAUGCUACCAAGCGUGAGUCCCCAGGGUCCUCGCUGAGGAAAGCAGUGAAAGGUCAGGUGGCGGCAGAGCAGUAUCCGGUCAGACACACGGUCGCAAACGGAAGAAGAGAGCUGAGCCUGGGACUGCGGCUCUACGCCAAAUUUGGGGUAUCCAAAUCGAACGAGUUGCUCAUCCCGAAGAGUGGCUUCGCAAACCUCGUGCGGGAAAUCGCCUACGAUCUGAAUUCUAAGAUCCGCUUCCAAGCAUCCGCUCUCGAAGGCCUCUCAUAA